GAAAUAUACCGUGAUGUGCAUUUCCCAAACUUUGAGAUAUUCGAGAAAAUACACAGUAGUCGAUGCACGUCAGGGAUAGGGUUCCCGUCCGUUCGUCAUGUUGUCCAUUCUGAGAAAAGCACGUCUCAAAGACAAGGAGAUGCGAAUCCUGAUGCUAGGCCUCGAUAAUGCGGGAAAGACUACGAUCGUCAAGAAGAUUAUGGGCGAAGACGUCAACACAGUAAGCCCGACGUUGGGCUUCAUCAUCAAGACUAUAGACUACGAUGGAUACAAGCUAAACAUAUGGGACGUGGGUGGGCAAAAGACACUACGCUCGUACUGGCGGAAUUACUUUGAAAAGACAGAUGCGUUGAUCUGGGUAGUCGAUGCCACAGACCGACUGAGAAUCGAGGACUGCAGAGAGGAGCUCCACGGCCUGCUGCAAGAAGAGCGAUUGUCUGGAGCAAGUUUGCUCGUGUUCGCCAACAAGACCGACGUCAACGGAUGCAUGGACGAGCAGGAAAUUCUUCAAGGGCUGCAAUUGGAGGCGAUCAGAACACAUCGCUGGCACGUCCUGCGAUGCAGUGCCAUGACAGGCAGCAACCUCAAGGAAGGCCUUGCUUGGGUGGUGGACGACGCAAAGAAGAGGCUAUUCCUGUACUAGAGGCAAGCGGGGAGUUCAGGUAUCCAUUUGGUGGUUAGCUUUUCUUGCCAGGUCACCAGUCACCACUACGACGGUGCGGCUCCUCGCUCGCUCUCGAGGCUCAGCGAGCCAGCGAUUCGAGGAUGUCCCGGCCACGUUUGUUCAGCUAGUUCCCGGGCGCGCCGUUAGGAAACUGGGAAUGGCUAGGAUAAAGACGGACGGGCAUAGAGGCGGCCGGGUCAAUGGGGGGCAUGGUGAAGCGUGUCAGAGUGUUCUGGAAGGACGGUCCCAGGAAGGGCCGGAUCCGAGUGAUUCUGUGGCGGCUCGGGAGUCGGGAUCGACGUUGUGUAACGGA